AACUGGCGUUGGAAGUGCACGAAUGCAGAUAAAACGCAAUGGGAUUCUCGUAAACAAAUCAGCUGUGUAGGAUUGUUUUUCUUUGAAGUGCCAGUGACCCCAAAAUAUGACAAAGAAAGGCUUAAUUUGUUUACACUAUUAUAUUAUGGUAUGAUCGAGGCUAGCGAAAUUCUGGAUCUUACCGACGGAAACUCUGCCGAGCGGUCAAACGAUGACCAGCACGCUCAUGGAGCUAUCCUCGGUUCGGGGCAUCCCCUUCUACCCGGCAGACAAACCACCCAGAACAUUUCAUCCCUUGUCAGUAUUCACGACAUUGAAGAAAUGACACCCAAUGAUGAGCAGAAUGCCUCGUCUAUGGUGGAUCAGGAUGUGAAAGAUGUCAAGAUUGGGUUUGAAGAGCUGUGCCCCGUCUGUGGGGAUAAAGUGUCAGGAUAUCACUAUGGGUUACUUACAUGCGAAAGCUGUAAAGGUUUUUUCAAAAGAACUGUACAGAAUAAGAAGGUUUACUCAUGUGUGGACAACAGGAACUGUCAGAUAGACAAAAGUCAACGCAAGCGCUGUCCUUACUGCAGGUUUCAGAAAUGCCUCAGUGUUGGGAUGAAACUUGAAGCUGUCCGGUCGGAUAGGAUGCGUGGUGGACGGAACAAAUUUGGGCCUAUGUAUAAAAGAGAUAGGGCACUUAAGCAGCAAGCAGCCCGGCAAGCCCAUGUCAUACAUGGGUCCUGUGGGGACAUCCCCUUAUUAACUAAUGGAAUGAUGGGUGGAGGGACGCCUGGUUCCCCGGAGGAUGUUAAGCCUGACCCUUUGCUGCUGCAGGCCAGCCUUAGCUUGUAUUCAGGCACCAUAUCAACUUCAACUACCUCUAACCUUAUAUCAGGUCUCAUUCCUGGGCUCAACUGUGUGUCUGCCUCGGCCGCAGCACCCUCUUCGUCUGCAUCCACAGGUGGGGGGCACAACGGGUCCUCCUCCCCGCCCACUGCUCACCCCCACCACAUCUCACACAACAGCCAUCAAAACAGCCACCAGAGCCUCGUGCCUAUGACAGCGUCUCAGGGCUUCUCAAACAGCUUUGUCCACAUCCCCACCCUGGCUGUGCCUCAGCCCCAGAGCCCCAAGUCUCACUACUCACAACAGCACCGUCACCACCACAACAGCCAGCUGCUACAGCAGCAACAGCACAGCCCUCUGGGCCGGGGCGACCAGAGCCCGGUCGGACACCAUCACCAACAACACCAUGUGCAGCAGCAGCAGCAACACAUGCAAGCCUUAUCUGAUAUUCAGAUGCAGUCAGGGCAUGGUCAGAAUCAGCUUCAUAACCUCAUGCCCCAGCGGAGACACGCCAACAACAACGGCGCUAACAGCACCUCCGUCAGGGCUGGUGGACAGGAGAACGAGCCUCACUUUCCUCCGACGUCUUCUCAAGCCAGCCCAACUGUGAUAGAGGCUCUUAGAGCUUUCCAAAUACAGAGCCCCAAUAUUGGGCUAGACAGAUCUGUGUUAUCACCUCUCAUAGCGGAAAUCAAAUCUACAAUGGGCGAUGAAACCGAGGUUAAACACAAGAUGCUAACCUUCAUGCAAAAUGAGCUGUCUCAGACCGAUAUCUUGUCCAGUCCAGAGCAAUUUCUUCCAGUUUUGUGCCGGAUGGUUGAUCAGCUUUUGUUCCUCAUGGUGGAGUGGGCACGCAAUUCUUCAUUUUUUAAAGAAAUCAAGGUUGAAGACCAAAUGAAACUUUUACACAACAGUUGGAGUGAAAUUCUUAUCCUAGACUUCAUCUAUAGACAAAUUCAUAAUAUUUGGGGGAAAGAAAUCAAUACGCCCAAUGGUCCAGGGAUUGGGUUUGAGAUUCUGGACAAGCUUGGAUUAGGUGACGUCAAGGCGAAAGUGUUUGAGCUGAUCAAGAAAGGGAGAGAGUUGAAGAUGGACUUCAAUGAAUACAUGUGCCUUAAGUUUCUCAUCUUGCUAAGCCCUGAUGUUUCCAGUCUAGAAAACCGUAGUUUCAUAGAACAAAGCCAAGAGAAGGUUAAUGCCGCACUGUUCCACUACUGCCUGAUGUGUUACCCAGAAAUGAGUGACAAGUUCAGUCAGCUUCUCAUGCGGCUGCCAGAGAUUAGGCUCAUCUCCAUCAGGAUGGAGGACUUUCUUUACUUCAAACACAUGAGCAAUGAAGUGCCUGACCAGACUCUACUCACUGAGAUGUUGCACGCCAAAAGACGAGGCUAGCCUGCGACAACAUGGCCUUAUGAAGUGUACUAAGAGAGACAACUGCCUUUUGAUGUCGGGGCUUGUCCGUAGUAAAGGGGACAGUGGUAUAAGCAGCUGCUGGAUGCGACCACAUUUCUCUUGCGUUGUUUGAACUAGGCUAUACAGACCAAAAGUAUUAGCACUUGUAGCCAAAGGGUUGCUUUUUGAAUCAGUGGGUUCAAGAAAUGUAACUUUGUGCCAAUACAUAACAUUUUGUUGUGGUUGUUUUUUUUUUUAAUCUAUUUUUUUAAUGGUAAAGAAAUGUGCAUGAAAAUAUUCCAUUUAUCAUCAAACAUUGGUGAAUAUUUGAAUUAUGUGACAACAUUGAGUGACUUUUGACUUAUGUGAUUUUAUUAUGAUCUACUUACUGGGAUAAGUAGUUCCGUGUAGUCAAGAGUACUAUCUUACUCUUGAAGCUUAAAUCACACUAUGAUACUGAGCAUUUUACUACAGAUGCAUAGAAAAAUUACAAGAAAAUUAUGUUGUUACUUAAGGUUAGGUUAGACAUAGACUUGUAAGAAAAGUUGUUUGUAUGCAUACGCUAAACUUUUAACUUUUUUUUUAUGACUAUUCCCUGUUUACAUACAACAAAAUAUGUAUUAAUAUUCAUAAUACUAAAUCUAAGGGAAGAAGUUUUAGUAUAAAAGAUUAGCUUUUAAACAUUUUUAUAAAAAAAAGUUUGUUUAAUGCAACCAUUAGAGUAUAGACUUUUUACAAGCAAUACAUAAAAUUAUAUAAGGGGGGAAAACUGUACAGCAAUUAAAUGGCUUAGAUGUGCAUAAUGGACAUGAAUACUGAUGUAGAUGUAUUCUUUUCUGCACAAAUCUGGAAACAUCUUUUUCUCUUAUUCAGAAGUUUAAAACACUGGCUCGUUAGUGUAUGUCUGAAAUCUUACUGUAUGCAAGUUUGUCUAGAAAAGUUUUGUUUGGUGAUGAUUUGUAUUUAGCUAACUCCAAACCCAGAUCUUUGUCAUUGUAUUACCAAAAUAUCCAAUAGCUUGACAUGUUCAUCAGAUUCAACUGUAUGCUUUAUGUCUUAUUUACGGGUUUUCUCUUAAAGAAUAUCCUGUGUGAUACAAUGUUUACCGUAUAAACAUAGUAACAGAUUAUACUGAGUGGAAAUACAAUUUUGUUGAGAGGUUAAUUGAUUACAGAGAUGUACAUUUAAUAUAGAGGAUUACCUGUUACAUAAUGAAUGUAAUAUAUCAAUUGAAAUGCAAGUUCAGUAUCAAUACCAGUGAAUUUUUUUUCUCCAGUGUAUGUAUUUAUAAGUGAGUGCUUGUUGAGCUUGUUUGCUUGUGCUGGUCAAGAGGAAGUUUUCAAUCAAGUCACAUAUGUCGUCUUAAUAGGCUUGUUUAAGCCAUUUAUUUAGCAUUAGUUUUUGGUUUACCCGUGCUAAAGUAAAAAGUGUAAAUCUUUUGCAAGUCAAACCAA